AUGGUAAUUGUCAACAUCCCCAAGACUCGCAACACAUUCUGCAAGGGCCAGAAGUGCAGGAAGCACACCCCCCAUAAGGUUACUCAGUACAAGACUGGAAAAGCCUCGCUCUUUGCUCAAGGUAAGCGUCGUUACGAUGCCAAGCAGAGCGGUUAUGGUGGUCAGACUAAGCCCGUCUUCCACAAGAAGGCCAAGACUACCAAGAAAGUUGUUCUCCGUCUUGAGUGCAGUGUCUGCAAGCACAAGCAGCAGGUUUCCCUGAAGCGUUGCAAACACUUUGAGCUCGGUGGUGACAAGAAGACCAAGGGUGCUGCUCUUUCUUUCUAA